UCUGUAGUUUUUUACUGCUCCGUAUGAUACGAUCAGAUCUUGAGUUGAAGUCCCAGUGAAUUGGGAAUGGGUAAUGCGAGCCUGUCCGCCGCAUCCAAGCGAAAUGCGCGACAGUUCCGGCCGCUGAACGUGAUCUCAGCUGCCUUCUUCGCGGCGGUCUUCAUUUUCUUCUUCUUCGUCUACUCCCGACUCGGCGAUUCCCCUGGGCCGUCAGGGAGGAAACCUACUAUCCGCUCCGCCGUGGAUCCUCAGCAGCGUAGCCGGCUCGUGGAGCUCAUAGAGGUGGGGCAGCUGUCUUCCCCUGUCCCGUCCUGCCCUGCCGGUGAUGUGGACCACAUGCCAUGUGAGGACCCUAGAAUCAACAGCCAGCUUAGCAGAGAGAUGAAUUACUACAGGGAGAGGCAUUGUCCCUUGCCGGAGCAGACUCCGCUCUGCUUGAUUCCACCGCCUAAGGGUUACCGCGUUCCGGUCCGGUGGCCGGAAAGUCUGCACAAAAUAUGGCAUGAAAACAUGCCUUACAACAAAAUGGCUGACAGGAAAGGGCACCAAGGAUGGAUGAAGAAAGAGGGUCCUUACUUUAUCUUUCCCGGUGGUGGUACCAUGUUCCCAGAUGGAGCUGUACAAUAUAUCAAUAAACUUAAGAAAUAUAUUCCUAUAGCUGGUGGUGUUUUGAGGACUGCUCUUGAUAUGGGAUGUGGGGUUGCCAGCUUCGGUGGUUACCUACUUGCUGAAGACAUCUUGACCCUUUCUUUUGCUCCCAGAGAUUCACACAAAGCACAAAUACAAUUUGCCUUGGAGCGAGGAAUACCUGCAUUUGUUGUCAUGCUUGGAACCCAAAGACUUCCAUUUCCUGCUUUUGCAUUUGAUUUAGUGCACUGCUCUAGGUGCUUGAUUCCUUAUACGGCAUAUAAUGCAACAUACUUCUUGGAAGUGGACCGAUUACUUCGUCCUGGUGGCUACUUUGUCAUCUCUGGCCCUCCUGUGCAGUGGCCUAAAGAAGAUAAGCAGUGGGCAGAGCUUCAAGCUGUUGCCAGAUCAAUGUGUUAUGAACAGGUUGUUGUGGAAGGAAACACGGCCAUCUGGAAAAAGCCCAACGACAUGGGUGCGUGUUUUCCAAACAAAAAUAAAUUUGGGAUCAAAUUGUGUGAAUCUGAUGAUCCUCCAAGCGUUGCCUGGUAUUUCAAGCUGAAAGAAUGUGUGAGUAGGACAUCUUCCGUGAAAGGACAAUAUGGUGUUGGUGCUAUACCGAAAUGGCCUCAGAGGUUGGUUAAAGCUUCUUCAAGAGCCACUGAAUUGGACAAUGGAAUAGAUGUUUUUGAGGCUGACAGUAGAAGAUGGGAAGUGGCAGUUGCUUAUUAUAAGAAAUCAUUAAACAUAAAAUUAGGGACCUCAGCUGUACGAAAUGUGAUGGACAUGAAUGCUUUUUUGGGUGGCUUUGCUGCAUCAUUAAUAUCUGAUCCUGUUUGGGUGAUGAAUGUCAUUCCUGCUCAAGGUCGUCCUUUAACUCUUGAUGUCAUUUAUGAUAGAGGCCUUAUCGGAGUUUACCAUGAUUGGUGUGAGCCUUUCUCAACUUACCCUCGGACUUAUGAUCUAAUUCAUGUGGCUGCUAUUGAUUCCCUCACAAAGGAUCAUAAUUCUGGCAAGAGCAGGUGUAACCUAGUGGAUCUGAUGGUGGAAAUUGAUAGAAUGUUGCGACCAGAAGGAACAGUUAUAAUUCGGGACUCACCUGAAGUGAUAAACAGAACAGAACACAUUGCUCAUGCUAUAAACUGGACAACAAGUAUUCAUGAGAAAGAGUCCGGGUCUCCUGGGAUGGAGAAAAUCCUCUUAGCAAACAAGAAACUUUGGAGUUUAUCCCAUUGACUACUCAAUAAUUCUACAUAUUCUUUCUUCUGUAGUUCUUCUGACCUUUUUAUUUUUUCUAUUGUCCUUCCUCACAUUAACUUGUGUAGAGGUAAUUAGUAGAGUAACCAGCAUAGUACAGUGCGGGAAUGUACAAAAAUGGCACAACUGUUACUGUUAUACGGAGUAUAUCAUACUAAGGAAUGCCACUAUAAUGGUCGUUAUUAAAAAGACAUAGUAUCAUUUAUAUAUAAUGUUAACAACAAAGUAUUCA